CAAAGAAAGGCUUCCCUUCUCCGUAACCCAAAAAUAUUCGGUUGUCACAUAAACUUGCAGAAAUUCUCCACUCUCUAUCCAUCUAUAAAUUACAUAACAAUUGAAGUAUACAAAGCAGAACAAGCAACUCAAAAUACACACAAGAACUCAAACAACUUCAGUUAAGGGAGAAAAAAACAAAUCAUGUCGGACAAGUGCGGAAGCUGCGACUGUGCUGACAAGACCCAGUGCGUGAAGAAGGGAACCAGCUACAUCUUGGACAUCAUCGAGACUCAGGAGAGCUACAAGGAAGCCAUGUUCAUGGACGUUGGUGCAGAAGAGAACGGGUGCCAAUGCAAGUGUGGAUCUACCUGCAGUUGCGUCAACUGCACUUGCUGUUAACUCAUUAAAAAGCUCCUAAAAUACAAGCCAUUUCUCGUUUUACUCCUUUUAAUCAAAAUGUAAUAUGAAUAAAAAGUUGACGUGAGCUCAUGUCUCUCUUGUAUGGUGUGUGAUGUAGUCGGUUUAUGGCCCCUUAUCCUCUAAUAAAUCAUACUCCAUCCGUUUCAAAAUA